CCCCCAUCCAGAAGUACACCCUGCCAGCCAUCCACAAGGGCCUCGAUGUAGUUGCCGUCGCUCAGACUGGCAAGUCAUCUCGACACUAUUGCGCUCAGAUUAUUUGACCAUUAUGGCUAACAUGCAAAAUAGGUUCCGGCAAGACCGCCGCCUACCUCAUUCCGGUACUCAACAAACUCAUGGGCAAGGCUAAAAGACUGGCUGCUCCUCGACCCAACCCUGCUGAGGUCGAGCUUGGUCAGUUGUGGGUUCGCGCGGAGCCUCUGGUGGUCAUUGUUUGCCCCACCCGCGAGCUCGCCAUCCAGAUCUUCAAUGAAGCCCGUAAGUUCUGCUAUCGCACCAUGCUUCGUCCUUGUGUCGCCUACGGGGGUGGUCCGAUCCGCGAUCAAAUCCAGCAGCUCGGCAAGGGAUGUGAUGUUCUCAUUGCCUCCCCUGGUCGCCUAUGCGACUUCAUUCAGCGCCCGGAUGUUCUCUCGCUUCGCCGACUGCGAUACAUGGUCUUCGACGAGGCUGAUGAGAUGCUUCACGAUGACUGGCGCGAGGAGUUCGAUGUCAUCAUGACUGGUGGUGAGCAGCAGGAGGGCAACAUCAAGUACAUGCUCUUCUCAGCCACCUUCCCUAAGCCUCUUCGCGAUCUUGCCAAGGAGCAUCUCUCUUCCUCCAGUGUUCGCAUCAACAUUGGCCGCAUUGGCAGCACCCAUGCCAACAUUAUGCAGAGAGUCUUCGAGGUAGCUCCCUUCGACAAGAAGACAGCUCUCAAGGAGCACAUCAAUUCGCUGCCUGCUUGCCGCACGAUUAUCUUCGUCAACAGCAAGCGUAUGGCUGAUGAACUCGACGACUUCUUGUACAACUUAGGUUUUCCCUGCACAUCGAUGCACAGCGACCGCACUCAACUAGAGCGUGAGGCUUCCAUGCGAGCUUUCCGCGCUGGAAAGUCUCCCAUUCUGAUUGCCACUGGAAUCAGCGCUCGCGGCAUCGACGUAAAGAACGUGAACCAUGUCAUCAACUAUGAUCUUCCCAGCAUGGACCAUGGUGGCAUCGAGGAGUACACCCACCGAAUUGGUCGCACAGGUCGCAUGGGCCAGCGGGGUAUAGCUACCUCCUUUUACACCGAGCGUGACGAGCCCAUUGCCAGUGUUCUCGUUCGCACCCUCUUGGAGACGAACCAAGAGAUCCCCUCUUUCCUUGAGCCUUACAAGCCUACCGGAAAAGGCCUGGAGCAUCUCAAGUUUGAGACCGAGAGUGACUUUGACCCCGAGGAGGCUGGUGUUGCCCACCUUGGCGUCUCCGGCGGUGAUGGAGGCUGGUCCAACGAAAACUAUGGCGGCGACGAUGCUGCUGUUGCUGAUGAUGCGUGGGGCGGUGGUGGUAACGGCGGUGGCGAUGAUGCCAGCAACGAGACCAAGAAGGAGGAGCCCGAGGCCGCUUCUGCCUGGGGCGCUUCUGCUGGUGGUAAUGCUUGGUGAUUAGAUAUACCUGCAUUCUCCAGCGAGCCUUGGGUUACGUCGAAGAGU